AUGGAGCCGCCCACCAACCAGAUCAUCGGCGCCGCCGCAGAUGACCGUCUAAGCGACCUGCCCGACUGUCUCAUCCAAAGCAUCCUCUCCUUCCUCGAGUCCCGGCAGGUGGUCCGAUCAAGCUUGCUCUCGCGGAGGUGGAGGCAUCUCUGGCGCUCCGUGCCGUGCAUCGACAUGGACCUGACGGUGUUCCGCCACGGUGAUAUCUGUCGAGAUGGCAUGUGCUGCGAGGAAACAUGGGGAAGAAGGAAGGUAUGCAAGAAGGAGUGGCGGCCGUUCGUGGACUUCGGCAACAACUUAAUGCUGCUCAACAACUCCCGGUCCUUGGACAAGCUCCGAAUACAUGUCCCGCUGCUAGACACUUCAGAUACGGAGGCGAUCAAGCCCCUCUUGAGAUGGAUCACGACCGGCAUCCGGUGCAGCCCCGCAGCGAUCGACAUCCACAUUGACUCCUAUUGUAGAUGGGGGAACUGUUGCCUCCCUGAUUUGGGAUCCAGUUCAUCUCGCCUCACGAGAUUAUUCCUGCAUGGCGUGAGGUUGGACGCUGGAUUUGAAGAGCAGCUCCCCUCAGGGUACCCUGUGCUCGAAGAGUUGAGUCUCGUUAAGUGCCGACGCCACUUUAGCGAGAUUAUGAGCGUAAGCCUACGACACCUGACAAUUGAUGACUGUUCUGACUACACGCGACCUGCGCGGAAGGGAAUGGUGGUUACAGCUCCGAGGCUAACUUCCCUGCGUGUUUCUUUCUCAACUGUGUGUUGUUCAAAGGGCAUACGUGUCACGCACACGUCUUCCUUUGUCAAUCUGUCAAUAUGUGUGACUUCAUUCCGCGGGAUAAAUGAUGGCUUUCGCCACAAGCUAUGCGACCUAUUCAACGUAAUGCAUAUAGAGUUGUUUGGUGCCACGAUGAGGGAUGCAAUACAAUGGAUGGCGGAUACAUUACCAAAAUUCCGAAAUGUGAGAACCUUGUCAAUCGAUGGAUGCAAUCUCAAAACGAAAGCAAACAUUCAAGCAUUGGACAGCUUAUUUCUGCAAAACGUGCCUGGUUUGACAAAGCUUAAUUUGCAGGACUGUGAGGUCACUCAAAGAGGAUUGCAAAACGUGCCAGCUUUGACAACGCUUCAGAAUUGUGAGAGGACUGCCAAGACUAAGUGGCGACGUGUAGCUCUUGAAAAUCAGAAUCUUAUGCCUUUCAAGUGUGAUGAUCUGGAGGUGGUUCAAAUCAAGCACAGAAAAUAUGAAAACAUUGAUGAGUAA